AUGAGCGACGAAGAGGGACAUAUUGGUUCAUUGGGCCGUGGAUUCCUGAAACAAAGCGGAGAAUACUUUGCAACCGGUCAGAGCAAAAUUCAGCUUCAACCAAAUAAACCAAACGAUCCAUUUGAAGCUUUUGACCAGCAGCAGUGUAGUGCACCGAAGGAAAAGGAUGUAAAUCCAUUGAUGCUGUUUAAAAUGACAAUGAACAACGAAAUUGUGGAUAAAAUCUGUGAUGAUCGAGAGACAGAACUUCUGCGAAUGGUGAAAAAAGGCGAUGACAACUUCCUGUCUAAAAUUGCUGCUCCGGAUUUGAUAGCUAAGUUCAACGUGACAGGAAGAGGAUCAAGAAAAAAUUUACUGGACUAUCAUAUUUUUAAAUACAGUUCAGAGAUAAUGCAGCUGAAUAUGAAGCAGCUCAGGGUUCAUGUGGAACGCCAACAAUCCAUAAUCCGAUCGAGACAGAGGAGGGCAGCACAAAAGACUACAUCGAUCCCAACCCUGGAAGUCGUUCAGGAAGUGGCUCUUACAGACGCGGUCACGAACAACAAUUUCUUUUCGGAGGAACCUGUACCUGCCACACAUGCACUGUCUACCGCAAACACUACAUUUUACGAAUUUCCGGCGACCAUUAUACCUCCGUCAAGUUUUUCCAAUGUAUAAAUCUUAAUUUUUAUAAUCUCUUUCGAUCUCUCUAAAGUUUCAACUUCCACUGUCGAGUGCUCUUUUCUAGUUUUCUCUUUCUUUUUAGUUUAUUUUUUUCAUAUCUUAGUAAAUUUAAAACAAAAUCACUUUUUAAUCCUAAUAGCCUUAUUCCUCCCAAUUCUGAGGUAAAUCCUUAAUUUUAAAAUUUUUAAAAGACACCGAUACACAUAGAAACGUGACUUAAAAUGUUCUUUAAUUUUGAACCCGGUCGGGAGAUUGUUCCAAAAUCUUUAAAGACUGAAAAUGAAGUUUUGAUUUUAAAAAGUUAACUUAAAAUUAGGCUUUCUUUAUUUCUGAAUUCAAGGAAGUACUACAAUUUUUUUUAAUAAAGUAAUUUUGAAAUUUACCUCUUAAUUCUUUUAUGAACAUUAAACAUAUCAGUUAAAUCUGUAGAGUAAAAAUUUAUGAUUCUAUAUGUAUUGAAAGUGAAAUCUUAAUGAUGGCUUAUAUAUCACAACAGAUGAAUAAUUUUAGAGAGUUAAAGUUGUUAAAACAAUAAACCCAGCUUUAAGAAGUUAACCUUAACAAUUUCAACAUUUUCUUUAAGUUUAGUUGGGAGAAAAUGUAUUUCAAAUU